UGUUUUCCUCCAGAAUGUCCCUCUUCCAGUGGAAAGCCCAACCACGCAGAUAUCCUGCUCGUAAACUUACAGUAUGUUUCAGAAGUGGAAAUAAUUAAUGACCGCACGGAAACCCCUCCUCCUUUAGCUUCACUCAAUGUUAGCAAGCUUGCCAACAAAGCACGGACGGAGAAAGAAGAGAAACUGAGCCAGGCGUAUGCAAUUAGUGCUGGAGUCUCUCUGGAGGGACAGCAGCUUUUCCAGACUAUACAUAAGACCAUUAAAGACUGUAAAUGGCAAGAAAAGAACAUAGUGGUGAUGGAAGACGUCAUUAUUGCUCCUCCCUACCAAGUGGAAAACUGCAAAGGCAAGGAGGGAAGUGCCCUGAGUCAUGUACGCAAAAUAGUUGAGAAACACUUUAGAGAUGUGGAAAGCCAAAAGGUGAUGCAAGGUUCACAAGCACAGCAAACACAGAAGGAAACCACGCUGUCAUCCUGAGUGCUGGUGGAUCCCAUCACCAGGGGGCGCUCUUCCAAGAUCCAGCAGAAGAUAACAUGAUUUCUUCAAAGGAGACGGGGCGGGGGAGGGCCAGGAGUCUAUUUUAUUUCCCCAGGGCUCUUUAACAGGGAGCUCACUACUUCCAAACUUUAGACUUUAAAACAGAGAGAGUAAUUUAAAAGAUCAUCCAUGACUUGACUAACAACCUUUCUUUUCGUCUGCCAUGUUUUCGCCUAGGACAGUCAGACUUUGUUAGUUUUAUUUUUUGACUUUCCUCUUCCGCCACCCCACAAAACCCUUGCCCCUUUUAUUUUUGUAAAGGGGUCUACCAUUCUCCCCUCCUUCCCCACUCCCUGCUUUGAGGCAGGAAGAAUCUGCCCUCCCAAACACCCUGCUAAAAAUAAAAAUAACAAUCUGACUGUGUUAACUCAAUCGGGACCUUUCUGCCACCGGCAUGGUCCCAUUUUAAUUUUGUUUGCACAGGGCAAGG